AUGGCAACAAGCCCCAAUUUCGGUGUAUAUACGCCAUUAGUGAUAUUCUUCGAGGAGGACGAGUCCCUCGAUCUUGAAAGCACCUUGGCUCAUGCGAAGCGCAUGGCAAAAGGUGGAGUCACCGGACUCGUGCUCCAGGGAAGCAAUGGAGAGGCUCCUCAUCUGGAUCAUAGCGAGCGCCAAUCUUUGGUCCGCGCUGUUCGGGGCCACCUCGACAAGCUGGGCUAUACAGAAUUGCAGUUGAUUGUCGGGUGCGGUGCACCUAGUGUGCGGGAAACACUAUCCUACAUCUCAGAGGCUAAAGCUUCUGGUGCUAAUUUCGCUCUUGUGUUGCCACCGGCUUACUGGGUUGCGGCCAUGAAUGCACCUGUUAUUGAAGGCUUCUUCCACGAUGUAGCCUCUCAAUCCGAACUUCCCAUUCUCCUUUACAACUUCCCUGGCGUGACUGGAGGCAUCGACAUUAGUUCCGACUCGAUCAUCCGCCUAGCCAAGUCAAACCCCAAUAUUGUGGGCUGCAAACUCACUUGCGGUAACGUCGGCAAGCUCCAACGUGUCUCAUCGGCGCUUGAAGGGACCUCAUUUGCGACCUUUGGUGGAAAGUCGGACUUCUUCCUACCCGCACUUGUCGCCGGGUCCAACGGGAUUAUUGCCCCUCUCGCCAACAUUGUACCCAAACUGCAUGUGCAAGUGCUGCGCUACUAUGAGAAUGAUGAUUUGCAGGCUGCAAAGGAGCUUCAAUCUAAGCUCAGCCAUGCUGACUGGGCUCUCACCAAGGUGGGUAUCGCGGGUGUCAAAGCUAUUGUGUCUCAACAUUUCGGAUACGGUACGGGCCGUGGACGCAAGCCACUAGGGAACACAACGAUCACGAGUUUGAGUCAAGAAAUUGUGGCGCCAAUAAGCGCGGUGGUCGAUUUGGAGAAACUGUGGAGACAAGAUGCCUAG